UAUACAAGCAUUUGAUCAAUUCAAAAUUCUGAAAGUUCCACAACACCAAAUAAAUUGUGUCUCCAGAAACCAAAACCAAGGAAUGCAUGGCUUCCUCAAAUCUCCGUAUUCUUCAAGCUCUCUUUGUUUCUCUUCUGCUUUUCAUUCCAAAAGUUUUUUCCUUUGACUGUUCUCAACCUAAAGGCUCAUCAUUAUCUUCACUUGAGGCAAACCCUUCAUGGCUUUCUCCUAAUGAAGAAUUUGCCAUUGGAUUUCAGAAACUGCCCAACGAUAAUGAGAACCGCUUCUUUCUUGCCAUCUGGUUCAAUAAGAUACCUGAAACAACCAUUGUGUGGUUUGCUCAUACAGAACCAGCACCACAAGGGUCUACUUUAAAACUGACUGAUGAAGGGAAGCUUGUACUCUACGAUCCUCAAGGAAAUAGUUUAUGGGAGCGGCCUUCAACAGGUGGCGCAAAAUCUAUGUGCGCUUCUAUGAAUGAUAGUGGCAACUUUAUGCUCCUGGAUGGAGACAAUAAUCCCAUUUGGGAGACCUUCAAUGAAACAACUGAUACAAUCUUGCCUGGUCAAACGCUUAACAUGGGAAGCAAUCUCACUGCUCGAUAUUCUCGAGAAAGUUACGAUGAUGGACGCUUCCAGCUACACUUGCAGCCGGAUGGAAACCUGGUCCUUUAUACUGUAACUAUGCCAACUGGAGCUGUUCGUGGUGCUUAUUGGGCCACCGGGACAAUGACUGGCAAUUCUAAGUUAGUAUUUAAUGAGAAUGGAUAUAUGUAUGUCACAGAUGGCACCCGAUGGGUCUACAACCUUACCAAAAAUGAUACUGGGUCGAGUCAAGAUUUCUACCACAUGGCAAGGAUUGAUUAUGAUGGAGUAUUUAGGCAAUAUCAUUGCCCAAAGAGCAAAAAUUGUGGAUUGAAGUGGAGUGUGGUGAAAAGAUUUCCUGAAGAUAUUUGCUCUGUAAUCCUGACGGAAGUAGGAAGCGGAGCUUGUGGCUACAAUAGCAUCUGUGUUGAAACAAAUGGAGAACCUGCUUGCUUGUGCCCAGAAAAUUAUUCUUACUUAAAUGAAUUUGCUAAAAAUCAAGGUUGCAGGCCGAAUUUUGAACUGCCAAGCUGCCGGCUCAAUGGAUGGGAAUCAAACCUUGAGCUAGUAGAAUUUGUUGAGUACAGCAAUACAGAUUGGCCACUAGAUGAUUAUGAUCUUCAGAUUGGAAGUGGGGUGGACUUGCAGACGUGUAAACAACUAUGCCUUGAUGACUGUUUUUGUACGGUUGCUAUUCAUAAUGGUAAUAGUUGUUGGAAGAAGAAGUAUCCUCUGUCAAAUGGAAGACGCGAGCCUAAUGUGAAUAGAACAGCUCUUGUGAAGGUUCCUAAAGUUAAUGUUACAGAGCUCUAUCUCGUAUCACAACGCCAAAAUAACAAGGACCAGUCGACAACGGUCCUCAUUGUGUCAAUACUCCUAGGAAGCUCUGUGUUCAUUAAUAUCGUUAUGACAUUAGCUAUUUGCAUUGCCAUAUACUUCUCGUAUCACAACAAGUUAUUGAACAUUUCAUCGGUUUCAAGUGUUGCUUCGACGAAUAUUAGAAGUUAUGCAUACAAAGAGCUUGAACAAGCAACUGGUGGCUUCAAACAGAUAUUGGGCAAAGGUGCUUUUGGAACGGUGUACAAAGGUGUAUUAGCAUCCCAUCCCAAGAGGUUUGUUGCAAUCAAGAAGUUAGAGAAGUUUGAACAAGAAGGCGAGAAGGAAUUUAAGACAGAAGUGAGUGUGAUUGGUCAGACUCACCACAAGAAUCUAGUCCGUCUGCUUGGUUACUGCGAUGAGGGGGAGCACCGGCUCCUAGUAUACGAGUACAUGACCAACGGUUCCUUGGCAAGCUUACUAUUUGGAAUCACCAGGCCUGAUUGGAACCAAAGAGUACAGAUUGCCUUUGGCAUUGCAAGAGGCCUAAUGUACUUACAUGAAGAGUGUAGCACUCAGAUCAUCCAUUGUGAUAUAAAGCCUCAGAAUAUACUCCUAGACGAGUUCUAUACACCCCGGAUUUCUGAUUUUGGACUAGCAAAGCUCUUGGUGGCAGAGCAAACUCGAGUGGCUCGCACGAACAUAAGAGGCACGGUCGGGUACUUUGCGCCUGAAUGGUUUAGUAGAGCAUCAAUCACAGUUAAGGUUGAUGUCUACAGUUUUGGUGUUCUGUUACUAGAGAUGAUUUGUUGCAAGUCAAGUGUUGCAUUUGGAAUGGGAGAUCAAGAGGAGGCACUUAUGGAUUGGGUUUACGCUUGCUACUGCAAGAAGAAAUUGGACAAGUUGGUUGAAAAUGACGAGGAUGCAAGAAAUGACAUGAAGAAGCUAGAGAGGUUAGUAAUGGUGGCUAUUUGGUGCAUUCAAGAGGAUGCUUCACUCAGGCCAUCCAUGAAGAAGGUUACUCAAAUGCUCGAGGGUGUUGUUGAUGUUUCUGUGCCUCCACGCCCUUCAAUUUAUUGUUCAACAUGAACUUGAUCAUUCAUCAUUCAAUUUAUUGUAAACUUUAUUUGGCAUAAUAUUUUAUUCACUAUAUUCUAAGAUUCA